AUGGCAUCUGAAGCAGCGACGGUCGAUCUCAAGACGAAGCCGUCCGUGAUGCUGUCCGAGCUGGAGAAAAAAAGCACCAACACGUCCGAAGCUGGCCAUCCAACCCCCAACGAUGUCGAAAAGCUGCCCAAAACCGAUUCAACCGUCGAGCCAGAGUACCCGACUGGUGUCCGCCUCGUUCUGCUCACUCUGGCCCUCGCGAUUUCCGUGUUCCUCGUGGCACUGGACAACACCAUCAUCGCUACCGCCAUUCCCAAGAUUUCGACGUAUUUCGAUUCGUUGGAGGAUAUAGGCUGGUAUGGCUCCGCAUACCUCCUCACCUCCGCCGCAUUCCAGCUUCUUUGGGGUCGUCUUUACACCUUCCUGCCUAUAAAAUGGGUCUAUAUUGCCGCCAUCUCCAUCUUCGAGCUUGGGUCGCUGAUUUGUGGCGUGGCCCCGACAUCAGCUGCUCUGAUUAUUGGCAGAGCAAUCGCAGGAGUGGGCUGUGCGGGUAUUUUCUCGGGGGCGCUCAUUAUUGUUGCCCACUCGGCCCCACUUCCCAAGCGGCCAAUGUUUACCGGCCUCAUAGGAUCAACCUACGGGAUCGCCUCCGUUGCUGGGCCACUGAUGGGUGGAGCAUUUGCCGACAAAGUUACCUGGCGGUGGUGUUUUCUAAUCAAUCUGCCAAUUGGCGCCGUCACGCUCUUCAUCAUGGUCUUCCUUUUUACGAACCCGCAUCAAGAGAUGGGCGAGCGGAUGGAUUUCAGACACCGCCUGCAGCAAUUCGACCUGAUUGGAACUGCCAUCAUCAUCCCCGCCGUCGUUUGCCUGCUUCUCGCGCUCCAGUGGGGCGGCGCAGCAUACGCGUGGUCCAACCCGCGCAUUAUCGCGUUGUUAGUCCUCUUUGGCGUCCUGACCAUCGUCUUCAUCGCUGUCCAAGUAUGGAAGCAAGACUCUGGUACCGUCCCUCCGCGAAUCUUCAAACAACGGAGUAUCUGGUCAGGCGCCCUGUUUGCGUUCUUCCAGGGCGCGACGUUCUUUGUCUUCGUUUUCUACCUCCCCAUCUGGUUCCAAGCCAUCAAAGGUGUCUCCGCCAUUAAAUCAGGCAUCGACAACCUCCCCAUGAUCUUGUCGCUCGUCUUUGCGAUGAUCCUUUCAGGAGGGCUGACUACAGCGAUUGGCUACGUCGUGCCCUUCAUGUACCUCUCCACGAUCCUCAUGGCUGUGGGUGGCGGGCUACUGACAACGCUCCAAGUCGACACAGGUCAUGCGAAAUGGAUCGCUUACCAGGUGCUUGUGGGCAUUGGCUGUGGGGCGGGAAUGAACCAGCCGGUCAUGGCGAUCCAAGCAGUCCUCGACCUCAAGGACGUGCCAACGGGUACUGCUGUCGUCCUGUUUCUGCAGACAAUGGGCGGCUCGAUAUUCGUGUCGGUUGCCCAGAAUGUCUUCCAAAACCAGCUUGUAAGCGGUUUGCGGACCCAAGUGCCCAGUGUCGACCCCCGAGUUUUACUUGGUGCCGGCGCGGCGAGUAUAAGGGCUGUCGUACCGGGAGACGUGCUGGGGGCUGUUAUCAGAGUGUACAAUACGGCGUUGGUGAACGCAUUCUAUGUCGCUGUCGCUGCCGGGUGCUUGUCGGCGAUCGGCGCGUUGGUGAUUGAGUGGAAGAGUAUAAAAGUUGAGGCAAGCAAGGAGUAA